AUGGUCCUCUUCUUCACGUCGAAAGUGACCAUCUACAUGGGCCGUGACAAGGUCGAAAAUGAGGACCUUCUCAAGUACGGCCUGCCCACUGAUGUCUGGUUUCACGUUGACAAGCUGUCUUCCGCGCACGUCUAUCUGAGGCAACCCGACGAGCAACCCCACGGUGACUGGGAGCACCUUCCCGCCGCUCUUGUCAAUGAUGCCGCUCAGCUGGUGAAGGCGAACAGUAUUGAGGGUGAGUCUCAACUCCAGGCUAAGCUUGGAGAAUUCCUCGCGCUUGAGCGAGUCACCGGCCAUCGUUUUACAAUCAGUCAUGCAGUGCCUUCCUCCCAGUCUGAAGGCCGGGCGUUUUAG